AUGUCGCGCCGCAUAUGGAAAGAGACAAGAGAGGGUUUGUCCAUAGUGAUCCGGACAGCCUUUCAGUCCAAGACCGACACAUCAGACGAAGAGUCUGAGGAGGAACCACCAAAGAAGGACCCUCAAACUACACAUACCAGCAAGACGAAAUAUAAACACAAGCCACUCACUGACAAGAGUUCCAUUCGCCUGCUCGAGCUCCUACCUGGCGCUCGCCAGGACGACAUCGCUUGCUCCUUACGCGAAUGCCGCAUCGACGAUUGCCGUGGGGCAUACGAAGCAUUGAGCUAUGUCUGGGGUGACGAGACCAAGAGGACUCCUGUCUGGAUCGGCGAAAGGACCCUCGACGUGACGGAAAAUCUAGCGUCGGCUCUUCGUGACUUACGCAAGCCAGACCAGCUCCGGACUCUCUGGGCCGACGCCAUGUGCAUCAACCAAGCCGACCGCCCGGAGAGAAAUCAUCAAGUUAGUGUUAUGGAUGAGAUUUACCGCUCAGCUUCCCGCACCGUUGUAUACCUGGGGCCGAAUGUCAAAGACUACACCGACAGGGCGUAUGCGAUGUUGGACGAGCUGGCAGCCGAGGCGAUAUCCCGAGAGCACUCCCCCAACGUGAGCUCCUUCCUGUCGGGCAAUGUGACGAUAUCUUUACUCGACAGAAAGCAUGUCGACAGCGUGCUCUAUGAGCGUUACAAAGAAGAAUUUGUUGCCGGCAUCCACAUUGCCGAGGCUGCCUGGUGGUCGAGGGCCUGGACUGUUCAGGAGAUUCUUCUGGCAUCACACGCUGUGGUCGUGACCGGAUCACGGUCCAUGGAUUGGCAACGUUUCUGCACGGGAGUCGACUACGCCUUUGCUAUUGGGAUAUUGACGUCGUUGAUGAUCGGCCAAGUCGCCGACCCAACAGUCAUGCCAUAUCUCUCGAUGCGCGCGUUGACGCAGGUCCGGAAGAAGUCUUCCGACGCGUUAUCCAUGCAAGCAUCCAACACACCGGUGCCAACACAGGACAUGCUGAGGAUGUUGAUCCACUGCCGCUUUCGCCAGGCCAUGGACCCGCGCGACAAGAGCGGCCUCGGCCUCGAACCCGACUACGCUGCGCCGACGAGUGUGGUCUAUACCAACGCAGCCAAACAGCUACUGCUCCGCUCCGACAGCCUCGACCUUUUCGGCGCCUGCACCCCAACCGCCAUGGAUGGCCUCCCCUCCUGGGCACCCGACUGGAGCGACACCUCCUCAGUCCCCCGACCCCUAAUGGACGACGCCUUUGGCAACCCGCGCCAAACCCACGCCUCCGCCAGGACACACCCCUCCCCCCGUUUCCUCAACGCCACCAACACCACCACCAACACCAUCACCCCUACCCCCAUCCCCACCCCCACCCUCCUCCUCACCGGCCACGAACUCACCACCAUCACCGCCCUCACCCCCACCAUCCCCCGCCUGCAAUUCGACAUGGACGCCUUCACCGUAUCGCCCCUGCAAGGCGACCCCAACACACUCUUCAACCGCCUCCGCCGGCUCGGCCUCGUCUUCUCCUACCUCGCCGAGCUGUACACCCAACUCAGCGCCGUCGUCCCGCAAGUCGGCACCUUCGCCGAGUGGGAAUCCUUUGCGCGCUCCCAGCCGCCGCAGAACCCCACCCCAAAACCGGCCGAGGGGGCGAUGUAUGACCCGCUGGCGGUGUACUGGCGCACGCUGUGCGCGGGGGCCGGGGCGGAGGCGGUGGAGGGGGCAAGGGCAGGGGCCGAGGAGACGGCGCGGCUGUUUUAUGCGUGGCGCGCGAGUCUGCGGCCGCUGGCAAGGUUUCAUGAGUGGUGUGUCCACCGCGCGCUGCGGCCGGUGGUGUUUCUGGGGUAUUUGCGGCUGACGUGGAAGGGGUAUAGCGAGUUUGCGCGGCGAAUUGAGAUGGUGUAUGAGCGGCGGCUGGGGAGGGGGGAGAAUGGGUUUUUGAUGUUGGUGCCGGAGGGAGCCGAGGUCGGGGAUCGGGUUGUGGUGGUGAAAGGGGGGAGGGUGCCGUUGGUGUUGAGAAGGGAUGGGGAUGGUCGGGGGGAUUAUCGGCUUGUUGGGGAGGCGUAUGUGGAGGGGAUUAUGGAUGGGGAGGCGUUUGAUGAGGAGAUGUGCGUUGAUAUGAGGAUCCGGUGA